GGAAAGCCUUUUUCUGUUCUCUUAUUUUCUCACUUUUUCAAGUGUUUUUCUUCUUCUUCUUCUCUUUUCCACUUUAUACCAAGAACCCAAAUCACUUCAGCUCAAAGGGAAAACCAAACAAUAAGAAAUGAGUACUGAAGAAGCAAAGAGAAGCAUCAUCGGAGGUCUAGUUACAAAACCCAUAUCUGAUGAUCCGAAAGUAUCUCCGGCUACACCUCCUACUGCCAAGAAAAUCAUCAUAAAAAACGCUGACAUGAAAGUUGACAUGCAGAAGGAGGCUGUUGAUAUUGCUAUCGCUGCAUUUGAGAAGAACAAUGUAGAGAAAGAUGUAGCAGAGCAUAUAAAGAAGGAGUUUGAUAGGAGGCAUGGACCCACUUGGCAUUGCAUCGUUGGUCGUAAUUUUGGCUCAUAUGUAACUCAUGAGACAAACCACUUUGUUUAUUUCUAUUUGGACCAGAAAGCAGUGCUGCUAUUCAAAUCUGGUUGACCGCGAUGGAGACUGUAAGUUCAUAAUUGUGAUGCUAUAGUUAGUUCUGUAUGUAUUAAUCAAAAUCCACUGGCUUGCAGAAAACUCUGGCCAGAGAUUCUUGCGCCCAACGUGUAUAUCAAAUUUCACUUUUAAACGAUGGAUAUGAAUUUGUGGUCUUUGGUUCAA